GCAGAGAAUUGGUGAACGGUACGCUACUCCCAAAAAGUCCUACUCAGUCUCGGUCCUCAUUCAUAUGAAUUUCACAAACAGCAAGACAACCUAUACAUGCGCCCAUCUACGGCACACACACACACACAAACAUGAACGCAGCUAGAAUAUACCUUCAGCCCCCUUCCCCCUCCCUCGGGCAGCACACAUCAGUUCAGUGGCUGCUCUGCUCUUGAUGCAAUCCACCCUCUCGUCACCCACAUUUCCCCCCGCCACAGCCCCCAGCCGCCACAAAGCUCUCCCCCGAUCUGCGUGUCACUGUGAGGCCGCAAUACGACUCGGCAUCGGUGGGAUGGAUGCCAAUCAUCUUGUCAAAGUCGCUCUUGGUCGCCCCCAGCCGCAGCGCCAGAGCAAACCCCUGCGUCACCUCGCCCGCAUUGAGUCCGACGUAGUGGAAGCCCACCACUCUGUUGUUGUCGUUUCUGAGGCAGACGAGCUUCGAGAGGUUGGUGGCCGAUAGGUUGACGUCGAACUCGUCUGAGCGGGCCGUGGCGACUUUUGGGCGGUGCACUGCUGACAGCUCAAGGUUCUCAAACUGAGAGAGCAAGGGGGCAGCAUGAUGAGUGAGCAAUACAGGGCUGGCUGGCGGAUGUGUGUGUGUGUGGGCGGUCUGUACCUCUAGCAGGAGCGUUUCGAUUGCGUCCUUGCCGUAUCUUUCCUCGGCUUGCUCCUCUGAGAGGCCCACACACCCGUACUCAAAAGGCCUGAAGAGACAGACAGGACAUCAUCAUAUCAAGGCGGGUGGGUGUGCUGUCUGUCUGGUCCAUCAUCCUGCGUCAUGCUCUCACGUGAAGACGGUUGUGGGCACCAUCUCAUAGUCCAUCUUCUCCGUCGACCCACCAUACAGCCGCCUGACACACACCACGCAUAGACGCGAAUGAACGAGUGACGCCUUCUAUCCUCCCUCUCUCACCUUGCCAGCAGCUCUCCCGCCUUGACGGCCACGGGCGUGAGCUCCAGCUGGGGGAUGCAGUCGCCCACCGCAUAGAUGUUCCCCGCGCUCGUCUGCUCCACAUCGUUGACGUCUAUCUUGCUCGUCUGGGGGUCAUAGCUGACACCAACGGCAUCCAGACCUGAUAAUAUCGUAAAGAUUGAUCACCCAAAGCUGGAGGAGUGGAUUGGGCGUGGGUGGAGGGGGGCAUACCAAGGUGGGCUGUUUCGGGCGUCCUCCCUGUGGCAAAGACGACGGUAUUGUACACCUGACAGACAGACAGGGGAGGGAGUAGAACUUGUUGUCGCGUCAACCCGUGGACAACGAACAAACAUGGUGGGUGCAUCAUACAAGCGACAUGUCAGGCUCAGUAGGAGCAUAUGUCAGCAGCAGAGAAAUGCCGCUCAGACGGUAAUUCCAACAACUGUUUUAGCUACUCUCAUCCUGGCCCACACCCCCCUCUACCUCCCUCCCUCCCUCAACCCUCUCACUCACCUCAGUCACCACAUUGCCCGACUCGGGGGUUCUCAGCUUCACUUCCAGACACGGCAGCCCGCCCUCGUCGGGCAACCUGGGAGCACAAUGACGACAGCACAGGGCUGCUGUGUGCGUUGCGUUGCUCGGUUACUUUCUGGUGAUGCUGAUGGGCGUGACGGAGUAGAUGAAGCGCACCCCCAGCUCAGCCAUGAGCUGCGCCACCUUCUCUGAGCACUGCCGGUCGAAACCGCGGAGGACGAUCGACCGUACCGCCACACUCACAUCAAACUGUAACCAUAUACACACAGGCCCUUGCUCUCGUAUUCUCGUCUGCCUGCCUGCCUGCCUCUCUGUCUGUCUGUCUGUCUGCUUGACUGUUUUCCCUACGUUGAGUUCGUUGAGGAAUCCCGCUGUUUCGAGAGCGAUGUACGACCCUCCCACCACGAGUGUGCGGCCCGGCGGCCGCUUCAGGCUGAAGAUGUCGUCUGAAGUGAUGCCGUGCUCCACUGCACCAGGGAUGUCCUGAACGAACAGGUGGCAGGGCAAUCAAUGACCCAUGCUGUCUGCACACGUGUGUGUGUGGUGUAUGAUGCACCUCUGGUAUGGUGGGUCUGCCCCCGACAGCAAUGAUAACCUUGUCAGUGGUGAGCUUCUGCCUCUCACCGCUUGAGGCAUUCCCGUACUCUAUCACACGAGGCGACUCGAAACGGGCAAGCGCAUUCACAUACUGCGGGGAAUGAGAAGCCAAACACCCCAGACGGGUCGAGUCGACGGAGAGAUAGCCAUGGUCUGAGGUGAUGUGUGUGCGUGGCUGACACCACGUACGUACCUUGACUUUGUUAGAUCUGAGUGCGGCCUUGUACGAGAAGCUCAGCUGGCGCACCUUGUUCUGGACGGUCUCCACCAGAUGUCCCCACUCAUGCACAAUGCCGCUGUGUCCCCUGCCGUGCACCUCAGGCAGCUGCCAACCCAGGUGACGCCCGUCCUGAACACACACCAAUCCAUCACAUCACGAUUGACACAGCUGCAGCAGCAGGAGCAGCAGCAGUGAUAUCAUCGCUAUAUGCCCACUGACGGACAUAGAAUGACGCUCCAAUGAGCCCUGCGUAGUGCAUGAGCUUCUUGGGAAUGCAUCCCACAUUGACGCACGUACCGCCCAACCCCCACGUUGUCCCCUGUGGCGACGGCUGUGACCACAACACAUGCCAUGCCAACAUACCAGACAGACAGACAGACAGGCAGACAGGCAGUGAGUGACAAUCAGCCGCUAUAUCUCCCCAUAUGUAUGUGCUGACUGACUUACUCCUUACUCACCUUGACAUAGUCAAACAGCGCCACUCUCGCCCCAUGGUUGGCGGCCUCCUUCGCCGCUGCCAUCCCUCCCGAGCCGCCGCCUAUCACCACCAGGUCAUAGUCAGGACGGGGAGAGGCCGCAGAGCUCAAGGCACGAUAGGAUGAAAGGCCGCAAAUGCCACUGGAUCUCCGCCGGAUGAGUGUGCAUUGUUUUGGAGCGACGAGCGCCGCUCGCCGCAUUGAUGCAGACCUUUACAAGCAACAGGCGUCUUGGGGCUGCCGGGAUUCGAAAUCUUCC